GGCAUAAAAGUCAGACCAAUUGUUCUGUUUGGUCCAAGUGGCUGUGGUAAGAGUACACUGAAGAAUCGCCUGAUGAAGGACUAUCCUGACAAGUUUGGUUUCUCUGUGUCACGUAAUUAGAAUAUUUAUGUUAUAUAUAAUUAUUUUCAAUUUUUAUUACAUUCAUUUCACCAAACCUAGCUACCCAACGUGAGCAAAUUUACUAUCCUGUUUAUUGAAAAUUGAUAGAGUGACUUCCUGUUCAGGUUGCAGUAGAAAAAAGAAUAACACAUCACAAAAAGUGGCAUUAUUUUGUUUUAUUAUAUUUGAGCCCUAUGUUUUUUCUUUAGGUCCUUAGUCAGCCCCUUUCAUCAUCAACAUCAUUAUCAGGGUUUGUAUUCACUCUUGAAAAAGGAACCCCUCCCUGGAUUGAUCCCACAGGUGUCUGUGCUUGGCUAAUCUUGACCAUAAGAGUCCAAUCUGUCUAGUUAGAGGAUCUCUCCAUCUUGUUUUUGGACGACCCUGUUCACUGGUCCAAUCUACAUGUAGCUCUUGGGCUCCACUCUGUUGCUCUGAUGGUCCAACAAUUAUCAGCCCCUUUUCUUGCACUUAUCCAACCCCGAGAAUUUCUUCAAUCCAUUACUCAAUUGAGGAAUUCAGUUUUUCGUAAUCGGCCUUUAUUAGUUAUUAAUUUCAUAAUGUGCUCUUGAAAUAUUGUUGCAAUCCAAGUGAUUUGAGUGAAAUGCUUCAUUCUUUUAGAUACUACACGAAGUCCACGACCAGGUGAAACUGAUGGGAAAGGUAAUCCAUAAUAUCAUUGUUAAUAAGUGGGUAUUUUAUUAAUAAUAAGUGUGGUUAUGCUCGCUUAGACAAAUGGUAAAAAGGCAUUUCCCAGAUAACUGGAUAACAAGGCAAUGGUAAAUUUAAUUUGCUCUUAUGGGUAGAUGGACUUGCUUUAUGGGCAAACUUAUACAAUCAAUAAGCAAAAAUGGAUGGGAACCAGGAAAUUGUUGUUUAAACAUGAAUAGGGAAAGGUAAAUCCAUAAUAUCACCCUAAGAGACCUGACUAUUAGUUAUUAAUUUCAUAAUGUGCUCUUGAAAUAUUGUUGCAAUCCAAGUAAUUUGAGUGAAAUGCUUCAUUCUUUUAGAUACUACACGAAGUCCACGACCAGGUGAAACUGAUGGGAAAGGUAAUCCAUAAUAUCAUUGUUAAUAAGUGGGUAUUUUAUUAAUAAUAGGUGUGGUUAUGCUCGUCAUGGUAAAAGGCAUUUCCCACGGUAACAAGGCAAUGGUAAAUUUAAUAUGGGUUUACUUUCAGUGACUUGUAACGUGGUUAUUCGUGAAUUAAAUCCCAAGGUAAUUAGCCACUUAUGGACUCAUUCACACUUCUGUGCUAAAAAUCACCGUAAACCAAGGUAGCAUUUCAUGUUGUGUUGAAAAUUUCCCUGUGACUUUCAUCUUAACAUGAAAUCUGCCAUGUCAACGUCCAUCUUUCUCUCAACACCUCAAAUAAAACCUGUUAAAUAAAGCAAUUUUUUUGGCGGUUUCACUUUGUGUCUAAUGAAGAAAGCAGAAUUGGUUGGUUGCCUUGGGUAUCAAAAACCCUCGCUAUUUACCACGUUAAAUGUCAUCAGCACUUUCUUUCUUGUUUUUGACACAAUCAUGACAUUUCACAUGGUAAAUUUAUCUCAGGAAAAUCCAGUCACAUAAUUAUGUGUGCACCAGCCCAAAAAAUGAGUGAAAGGGUUAUUUACCAUGGUUUAGUGACAUUAAAAGUGUCCUGUGUAACCGCACCUAUUGGUUAGUUAUUCAUUUCUACCAUACACAUUAACUAACACUGCAUAAAAAAAGGUUGUGAAAUUAGAGACCUCCCUUCAAGAUGGAUACCUUUGUUACAAGGCAGAUAUCUGCCCUAAUGUACAUGUAGUAAGUUUUACUUAACUGGAGGCACAAUCAAAGAAUAGCUGACUAUUAACAAUUUAUUAUAGCAUUUUUGCCACUUGACAUUGUGUUCUUUGCUCAAUAAUGACUUGUAGAUUUGAUUACCAGUAGGAUCACUGGAUUGAGCAAAAAAGCCAGCUUUGUCCUAGAAACUCUGAUUCCCUUUUUCCUCUUUGUGACCAUCAUAUACACAAGGAAAUACUGCUAUAAAAACAAGUACCCCAGAAACCUGGAAAUUCUGUAAUAGUUUCUUCUGAUGUUACAAUUUCACCAACCCUUUUACGGUCAGUUUGUAUGAAUUCAUUCAUUUGAAUCAAUGAUGGUUGUUAAAAAAAUGUCACAUCCUCACAAUGUAUUUUUUGCAGUUUCUCAAUAAAACAGCUUGCUGACCUGCCUUGAAUGUAAAGGCAUGUUUUAUAAUUUUGCUGCUUAGUUGUUACAUAUUAAGGGUCCAUCCACAGAAAUUUAUUUCCAAGUGUCACAUAGCUGUUAAAAAUAAAUGCCAAUAAAAGACAUAUCUGUCAAAGUUCCCCAGCUUUUUUAUUGUGAAGUACCCUUAUUCAAAAUUUUGUAUACUUAUAUUCCAGUACUUCAACCUUUCUGUGGUAAAGCAGUGUCCCAUUUUACUUUUUAUUAUCGUUGCAUGUGUCUUUGUUUCAGAGUAUCACUUUACUAACCGUGAAACAAUGCAAAAAAGCAUUGAUGCUGGUGAUUUUAUUGAAUCAGCAGUUUAUAAUCAAAACCUCUAUGGGACAAGGUGAGCGCGUAGUUACCGUCACUGUAUUUAUUCGAUUAAGGGUCUAACCUCAAAUAACCGCCCACCCUAUAGGCAGGAAAAGUUAAUAAGCACCCAGCCUCUACUACUCUCCACCAGAAAAAAAUUCGACCUUACUGACAAAGAGAUUUAAAUAGACUAUUACAAAAAAGAGACUUGCCUAAAGACCCAGUUUCUAAACUGUCAAUGAAUAGUUCAAAUUCUGGUUUGGAACAUCUUCACGUUUUGCUGCAACAUAAAAUUGCCAUAAUUGCUUAAAAUUGUCAGAUUUUAAGAAGUGCCCAGCCUCAAAUAAGCACCCACUUUUAAUGUCCAAAAAUUUCAUAAGCACCCAGAGCACUUAACUGAAUAAAUACAGUAUUUCUAAAUAAACCACUCUCAACUAUUAAUAUUAUUGAAAUAAUGAUAUGAGGAUCUACAAGCUGUCUGUUGAGCUUGAGGUUGAUCAAUCAGUGUUUGCUAUUGAGUGUAAUAUUGUCAAGAAGCAGAUCAAAGAUUUACAUUUUUGUGUGUUGUUAAACCUUGCUAGUAUUUUACUGCUCACUCUAACAGUAUUCAGUAGCUCCUAAUGACCUGCUCUUGGGUGUGGCCUCUCAUGCCUUUAAUUCUGACAGCAUGGAAAUAUUAUGUUCAAUUUUUGUUCAUGUGCAUAACAUUAUUAACCCUAGACAUACUGUGUUUCAUAGGCUAAUAGCCCUGCGUUUAAGGUCCACCUGAUGCCGUUAGUCAGUUACAAGACUUGUCUGAGGGAUAUCUAAGGCAGUUGUUAUUUUGUGCAUUUCACCAUGAUAGCAACUUUCCUCUAAAGGCCUGAAUAUAAUGAGGUGAGCCAGGCUGGCCCUCUUUACUGGGCCGGGCUCAUGCCUUAUUUCUUAAAUGAGAAGGUGGGCUGACCCGCUUACUUUAUCUUGGCUUGAGCAACCAAGAUCUUGGCCAGCUUGGCUCUCCUGCCUUCUCAUAUAACCAUAAUGCAAAUUUUAUGAGGUAAGAAGGCAUAAGCCGAGCCAGCCCAGCAAAGCAGGUCAGCCAGGCUAACUGCUCUUGCUCACCUCAUAUAAACAGGCCUUAAGUUACAACACUUUAUACUAGAUUCUAAUAAUUUAUACAUUAUACUAAAAUGAUCAAAAAGCAAGCUCUAAUGACCAUUUUUUAUAAUGGUUAUUUGAAUCAGUUAAUUAAUUCCCUUUUGAUCCUGAAUGUUACAGUAAAAAGGCAGUUCAAGAUGUUCUUGAUGCAGGCAAAGUUUGUUUACUGGACAUUGACAUGCAGGUAUAAAACUUACCAAAUAAUAAUAAUAAUAAAUAUGAUAAGGGAACAAUGAUUGACUGUGUUUUGAUAAAAAUAUGUAGUGUUUGUUUCAGUAAGGAAGAGAUAUUGCAUGUAAGAGAAGUGAUUGAUUAGGAACUUAAAUAUUUCACUUGGAGUUUUCAUCCAAGGAACAAGAAAAUUAGAAUUUUUCUGAUACUUGGUUUAUAUUUGAGUUUUAGAAUAUUCCAGCAUAUUUACUCUCUCUUUUCUCUGACUUGUAAUGCUGUUUGCAGAGCUCCACAGUUUUGGAGAGAACAAGUAAAUUGUAAAUUGUAAAUAUGUUAUUAUCCACUCCUCUCAGGGCUUUUCAGGGAUAAUUUACAACACUGGUUAGGGGACUGGUUGCCAGACUGCUUAAGUUGCAGUUUACAAGUAAUGAAGGAGUGAGUGUGAAAGUGAGAUACAUGUGGACCACUACACCGGGCACUACAUACCCUACUCUUUACGAAGAGUGUGCGGUUUCUUUAAUGUCCCACGGAUUUAUUACAUGUGCAAGGGCUUGUGAGAUGGGGCCUAUGGUUUAUCGUCCUUAUCCGAGAAGACUAGAAAGGCUAACCAUUUGCAGAUGUUAUUUAGGCAGCACUUUCUCCUCACUUAUUUAAAGACCCUGGCCAGGCUUUGAACCUACGGCCUCCGGCUUAGCAGACCAGCACUUAUCCCAUUGAGCUAAUCCGACUUUUAAUAGCAACAAGACUUUGCAACUCUAGUUAUUAUCUGUGCCAAACUAAAAAUGUAACUUCUUACAGAGCCUUCAGUGACUUUGCUUUACUUAAGUUAUGUGCUGGCACUUUAAUAUUCAAGAAUCAUCAUAUACACCCAUAUCGUCAUGAUGCACUGUAGGUGACUAAAGGUGAAGUUUUAUGGACAGUAGUGAACAAACUAAACCUAUUAAGGUGUCAAAAAAGGUGGAUUUUAAACCUUCAAAAAAUGUUUCAACAAAUUUUGGAAACAAAAUGUUUUUAAAUAAGCAUGUUAGUGCUGACAAUCAAGAUUUCAGAUUGUCUUACGGAGAAUAGAAUUAAAAAGCAGGUGAAAAAUACAUUAUCUGCCUAGCAUAUUAAUUGUGUCAAGUGAGAGCAGCGUCUCCUUUUCUGUUCAUUUUAGAUAUAAAGGAGAAUAGGACUGCACAUUAAUAGGGAAUACACAGACUCAACAUAUAAACCAGAUACGUAAACUAUGCUUUGGUAAAACAUUUCAUGUCCUAUCUUUGGAUGUUUAAAAGUCUCCUAAAAAAAGCAACAGUUUGUUCUACAAUAGAAUGUAAAUAAUUAUUUUCUUUGUUUUUCAGGGAGUUGUUAUUUUAAAGAAAACAGGCAUGGAUUGUUACUAUAUUUUUGUAAAGACACCAUCACUGGAAGAACUGGUACAUAACUGUUUUACAUGGUGCCUGGUACUGCGGGUUUGCUAGCUGGUCCCCUACAAUUAAGCUAAUAAUUUAUUAUUCAUUUAGUUUAAUAAAUAGUAUGUAAUCUAAUUUGCUCAAAUCUUCUGGCUUUCUCUGCAUAACCAGCGACGACCAGUUGCAAAAAUGUUGAGACACUCUGAAGAGAAGCCUGCCUUUUUUACCCAAAAUAUCUGCUUGACAUGCAUUUGUGAGAUAUAACACUGGCCCCCUCCCUCUCCUCCCUUCAAAUUUGUUUCCUUAAGUAGUAUAUGCUAGCAACAUUGUCAAAAGGGGGAGGGAGAUCACAAACACUAAGUCAUUGACAAGAAUAAUCUUGCACAUUGAACUGUGCUGUAUGAUCAUGCACACUUUCUGUUAAAUACACCUGCAUAUUUGAAUUUAUGAAAAGUAGCAAAUUUGCAAUGUCGGAUUUUCACUGUGCAUGUCAUUUUACACACAGAACAACAGUUAACUAAGGGGGAAAUUGAAAUGCAGGGAUGAUUUUUUUUUUCCUGAUUUCCAAACACAUCACUUUAUUGUUUUCCUUUGUCUUCUCUAUUUGAAUUUAAAUUUGAAUUUUCAGUCAAUUUCUGAGUUUGUUUUCUGUAGGAAAGACGUCUUCGUGCUCGUGGCACAGAAACAGAAGAAUCACUUUCAAGGAGGUUAAACAUAGCAAAGACUGAACUUGCAUAUGGUAUGACAUUCUUCAGCAACACUUAAAUCACACUUAUUUUAACUAUACAUUGGAAACUCUCAAUACGGACACCGAAGGGAGAGAGCGAAGUGUCCGUAUUAGAGAGGUGUCCGUAUGAAAGAGGUCACUAUGAUGACGUCACUUUUAUGACUCCAGUUACAGUUUUAAUUGUUCAGUAGCUAUAACCAGGCUAACACUCGUCUUUAAACAGCAUUUAAAGUUAUUAAUUCACAAUACGACACUGUCUUUCAGUAGCAUAGAACAUUGUACAUCUCAGCUAUAAACAAAUUACCGUUUUGAAACGAAACGAGCCACAGCGCAAUGCUGCAUGUAAAAAGUUGUAAUGUAAAGCACAAUUCUGAAAGCAUCUUUUGCUAUUUUGCCAGUGCAGUAAACAGUAACUAGAGCGCGAAAUGUAAUAGAAAAAAUCGUUAUGCUAUCUGUAGUUAUUGAAGCCUUCAAAAAGUCAGUUGUGUUCCUCUGUACACCUUUCGCAAAUCGUUGUUUCAUAUACAGCAACUGGGCUUUAUAUCACCUUGCAUAGCUCAUCAGCCAGACUAGAUAGGAUUCACCCUGUGCAGAUUCACCUAAUUGGGAUUCGGGAUUCACCUGAUUACCGCAGUGUCCGUAAUAAAGAGGUUAAGUUGAUAUAAAUUUACUCUCUGGGGCCAAGAUUUAGUGUCCGUUGUCCACAUUAGAGAGAGUCCGUAUUAUAGAGGUUUUUUUUAAAGAAAAUAUAUGGAAAUUUUGUCGGGUUAUGGGAAACUGUCCGUAACAGAGAGGUGUCCGUACCGAGAGGUUCGACUGUAUCUUUAUCCCCCAUAUCUAUCGUCCUUUAUGAGCCUUCAUUAGCUAAUGACCAAGUAUCAAGAAUUACAAUGCUGUCAUCUGUAGAAGGUGGUAUGGCCAGUCUAUUAGAGCGCUAUCCUAUCCAUGUGACCAUGAGUUCAGGUCCCACCCUCAGUGAGCCCAAUCUGUAUUUGUUCACAGCACUUGUAAAUAGCAAACUGGUUUGGGAUUCUUAACAAGACUAUGAUUAUUUGAUAAAUUUUUUCAUUGUUAUGCACAAGAUAUCCAGCCGGAUGAUUUAUGUAAAUGGUAAGCACCCCAGGUUAAUCAUCUCUUCUUUUAAUUCUUUUUCUUUUUCACUUCAGCUGAAGAACCUGGUAAUUUUCAUAGUAUAAUUGUCAAUGAUGAUCUUGAAAUUGCCUACAAUGAAUUCAAGGACACUAUCAGCAAGGUAAAAUACUUAUUUUGUUUGUUUAUAGUCUAG